CCCCCCUCUCUCUCUCUCUCUCUCUCUCUCUCUCUCCUGACAUGAUAGAGAAAGAAUGAAAGAUGCAUGAAGCGCUCCGUCCCGUGUCUUAAGCCCCUCUCUGAGUCUCCCUCUCUCUCUCUCUCUUUCUCUCUGAGAUCGACCUGAAGGAUCUCCUACCUCUGCAAGGCGUUAUACUUGUACCUACUUUUUCGCUCUGAUCAGAGGGAGGUCUGAAGAACUUAAGUCCAUCAUUUUAUUUCAUAAAAUUUUAGAACCAUGGACCCAAGUGGUUAUACAGUGGAAGUAACAAGUCUGUCUCCCAAUGCGACAGAGAAAGAUGUUUAUGAUUUCUUUGCUUUCUCUGGCACAGUAGAACAUGUUGAAAUUGUCAGAUGUGGAGAAUAUGCUUGCACUGCCUAUGUGACAUUUAAAGAAGCUCAUUCCCUGGAAACUGCUUGUUUGCUCAGUGUAAGUUUCAUGCAAUCUGUGGGAGCUACAAUUGUAGAUCAACGUGUAUGUAUUACUCGCUGGGGGCAUUAUGAAGAUGAAUUUGAUUUUUGGAAUAGGCCUUCAUGGAAGCUGGAAGAUGAAACGAGCUCAACUGCAGCACAUGAAAGUCGCAUUGUUCCCACUCCGGGAGAAGCAGUGACAAUGGCCCAGGAAAUGGUGAAAGCCAUGCUAGCCAAAGGAUAUGUACUGGGGAAAGAUGCAUUAAACAGGGCCAGAGCCUUUGACGAGUCCCAUCAAGUCUCAUCUUCAGCUGCGGCCAAAGUCUCUGAGCUGAGCAAGAGAAUUGGACUUACCGAUAAGGUUUGUGCAGGAGUUGAUGCUAUUAAAUCAGUGGAUGGAAAGUAUCAUGUGUCGGAAUCCACCAGAUCAGCCCUAUAUGCGACAGGGAGAACCGCUGCAGUAGCUGCCAACACUGUAGUCAACAGCAGCUACUUUUGCAAAGGAGCUCUCUGGGUGUCGGAUGCCUUGAGCCGAGCAGCCAAAGUUGCCGCUGAUUUAGGUAGUCAUGGUGGUAGUAAAAAAUGAAAGUGUUCAGCUAAAUCGGGCACAGCUUCUUGAUGAUGUAUAUUUUUAUAUCUUAGUAAUUACAUUUGGUUGUGCUUUACUAGAUGUGGCCUCACUGGGUUCAUGGUGUGUUAACAUGAUAUCAUGCCCCAGAAAGCACCAGAGAGUGCUCUUUUUAGGAGGUUAUGUAUAAUCUCAUUUUGUAAUAUUUUGGAUUGUUUUUUUUUUCUCUCUAA